AUGCGCUGGAUAGCCCAGAGGAACUCUGCUUUAACAAAGUCCACUUACAGGUUCAUGUGCGAGCUGCCGAAAGACUCUAACCUUACCGAGUCCAAGAAAAGACCUGUGACACCGCCCAAGACAACAGGAUCGAGCGACCAUUCCCCAUCUGCCACUGAGCACCUCUGUGUCAAGAAAAAGAAGAAUGGAGGGCCCGGAGAGCUGCGGGAUAGCAAAGGAUUUAAGCUAAAAAUACAGGAAUCCAAUCAUUUGAGAAACAAGCAGGUUGACCCUGAAUACGAAGUCCAAGUUGAAGGCCCGUUAAGAAAAAUUGUUCCUUACGAUUUUACUUACAAAACGUUCUGUAAGUUGCGGUGGAGAGAUAGGCCUCUAAUAGACAUCUUUGUCAAUGAAUUUAGAGACCGAGAGGAAUCUUACUACAGGAAGACAAUCGCAAGGGGUGCCGUCUUUUUAAAUGAGAACCCGGCUAAUCUCGAAUCGAUAGUACGCAAUGGAGACCUUAUAUCGCAUAAAAUUCACAGGCACGAGCCUCCAGUAACUUCAAGACCUAUCAAAAUAGUUUUCGAGGAUCAAGAUCUCUUUGUUAUCGACAAACCAAGCGGCAUACCAGUUCAUCCCACCGGAAGGUAUAGAUUCAAUACAAUUACCAAAAUAUUGCAAAAACAAAUCAAUGGUUCGGUUCAUCCCUGCAACAGAUUAGACAGGUUGACAAGCGGACUGAUGUUCUUAGCCAAAACACCCCGUGGCGCAGACCAUAUGGCCAAUCAACUCAAAGCUAGGGAAGUCAAAAAGGAAUAUAUCGCAAGAGUCGUGGGCGAAUUUCCAGCAGAAAGAAUUUCAGUUGAAAAGCCUUUGAAAUGUGUAGAGCCACGCCUAGCUUUGAAUGGCGUUUGCAAUUCCGAAGAGGAAGGGGCCAAAGAAGCAAAAACGGUAUUCACAAGGGUAAGUUUUGAUGGUGAGACCAGCUUAGUGAAAUGCCAGCCUCAUACAGGAAGAACCCACCAGAUCAGAGUACACUUACAGUACCUAGGACACCCCAUUGCAAAUGAUCCCCUUUAUUCCAACCCACAAAUAUGGGGACCAUCUUUAGGAAAAGGUCAAAGGACUGACUUUUCUGAAGUUAUUGAGAAGCUCUCAAACGUUGGAAAAACUGUCUGUGCAGAAAGCUGGUUUUUUCCUGAUUCUAUGGGCGAGUUGUUGACCGGCGAAAAAUGUCCAGACUGCGAAACAGAUCUAUAUACUGACCCAGGGCCCAACGAUCUCGAUUUAUGGCUCCAUGCUUACUGCUAUGAGUCCACAGAGUUUAAUGACAACGGGACACGAAAAUGGAGCUACAAAACAGAAUUCCCUGAAUGGGCUCUCGAGCCACACCGCAAAUAUAUGGAAAUGGCAAUCAACGAGGCAAAAAAGUGCGGACCAACAACUACUGCAUUCAGUGUCGGUGCUGUGCUUACGAAUAGCGACAAGGUCCUUUCAACAGGAUUUUCAAGGGAGCUCCCUGGAAAUACGCACGCUGAACAAUGUGCCCUGGAAAAAUAUUUCGAACAAUCAGGGAAUAGAUCUGUUCCGCCAGGGUCUGUUCUUUAUACGACGAUGGAGCCAUGCUCUUUCAGGCUCAGCGGUAACAAGCCAUGCGUGGAUAGAAUCAUAGAUGCUAGCAAAAGCAUACGGACAGUUUUUGUUGGAGUGAUGGAGCCAGACACCUUUGUCAAGAAUAACACCAGUAAGACAAAACUAUCUCAACAUGAAAUUGACUACGUGCUUAUUCCUGGAUACGAAGAAGAUUGCACAAAGGCAGCUAAAAAAGGCCACAAAGAAGAUUCUGGGAUCUAA